AUGGCCCCACGUAAGAUUGCCAACGAUCCUUUUAAAAAGUUUUGGAAAUCCAAGUUUGUAAAAGUGGAGGAAACCACUGACAGUACGCUGGCGUACAGUGCCCUAACUAAUGCAGUGCAUCCCGUCUUCGGACCAACGCAAUGGACGAACCUUCCAGUCGGCGGCUGGGACGUCGUUGAGCAGUCAUGUAAGCUUGCGAGUCUUUUCUUUCAAUCUGCAGCGCUCAGACCUUUCUGGGCAACACUCAUUUGCUACAGUGAUCCGGAGACAGCAUCUGAUCAGAAAAAGCAAUUUUCCCUUGCGGCCUUUGGGGGCAUCGACGCCACUCAGCAGGCACAGAUCGAUGAAGUCCUCAACGAGGAUCUACCGACACACCUGAAGUUCAAGAUUGACGAGAAGACCUUGAUUGGCGCCCAUUGUCAAGAAAACGGAACUUCGAUGUGUUGCGGCUAUCAUACGCAAGCAGAGGGUCGUAAUAGCAACGUCUUCGUCGCCAAAUCGACGUAUCAAGCACUACAAAAGGCCCAGUCUCCAGAGGCGACAGAUAUCGUCGAACUGACAUGGCUCAGGUUCCACCUCGCGGUAAACAUGGUUCAUGAGGUCGCUCAUGCCUUGCGGAACGCCACUGACGCUUCCGAAGAGGAAGAACCAUUCUUCGGCGAUGCCAUCAUAUCAGAGAUUGGAUUUGAACUGGAGAAGUGUCUCUUCGGCGGCCCGAUUAUGGCAAUUUGGGCAGAUGAAGACAAUAAGUACAGCAAACACGAUGGGACCAAGAGUAAUCUCAUGGGCCUGGUGGUUCAGUUCGAGUGGCCUUACCAACAGCUCGUGACAGAGUACGACCUGGAAUACAGAACAAUGGGUAAAAGGCGGGAUCCACGAGACGUACGGGAACUCGAUCUGGCCUGGAGAAUCAGCAUUACUUUAUUUGCGAAGUUCUUCAGCGACGCUUUCUGGCAGAGCGUCGAUCAGGAAGACAUGGAAGCCUUUCAUCCACCACAUACAUGCGGCUAUACAUUUCGCGUGGACGACAAGGCAUACUUUGAGCCGGUAUGCCGAGCAGAUGACGAAGCCCCGUACCUAGGCAUGACACAUCAUCGAGAUGCCGAUGGCGUUAUACUUCCUGGCCAGGCUGCGGGUCCUGCUCGGCCGGCACUCUCACGUCGUGUCUUCGGGGGUAGGAUUACGAAACCCGGGAAAGAGGGAACUCGUCGCUCGACACGGAAUAAAUCUGCUUGA